AUGAAGGAUCUCUACAAAAUGGCGAUCGAUGAAGCCACGAUAUUUUCUGAAACAGAUAGCAAUGGCACAAUUCUAAAUGUCAACGAUCUUUUCUGUGCAGCGUCAGGCUACACCCGGCUCGAGCUUGUCGGUCAGAAUCACCGCCUAGUCAAUUCACAGCAGCAUAAUCCUGCUUUCUACCGAGGAAUCUGGGCCUCCGUGGCAAACGGAUCUCUAGAAGAUGGGCGGUAUCAAGACGUGUACGACGGACCUCUCCACAUCCUGAGAUACGUUUCUGUAUCAUUCGAUAUUACCGAGUCAAUUCAGGCAAUAGCGGCUCUGCAAUCGCAGGCCUCUUAUGACUCAUUGACUGGGCUCCCUAAUCGCGCAUCUCUACUAAAGCAUAUAGAAGACAUACUAUCUUCAGCUCGCCGCCACCAUUGCAGACGCUUCGCCGUGGACAUGCUGGAUAUGAAUAAGUUCAAGCAGAUCAACGAUAUGUACGGUCAUUGUGAGGACAUGGUGGCCCGCCUUGGUGGGGACGAGUUUGUCAUUGUGUUUGAUGACGCCUCUAUGACUCCCAAUCGUUCUUCUGCGCCAAUCAACGUGGACCGUGUGCCGAAUGGGACCGAACCUCUCUCCGCAAUUUUGGAUAGGGCAUUCAGCGAGUCCUUCCCUUUGGGCGAUGGCAUUUUCUUAGAUACCGUCAAUGCAAGCCUGGGAAUUGCUGUAUAUCCGGAACACGGGUCAGAUUCUGGGACAUUGCUGAGAAAUGCAGACAGGGCAAUGUAUCAGGCUAAGCGCAAAGGCCAAGCAUGCGUUCAUGUCUUUGACUGGGAUAUACGGAGUAACGUGUCCGGUUAA